UAAAAAAAUUUUUUUCCUCAUAAUUCUCUGGAAUAAUGGAAAAAAGGUGAAAUUCACUUGACAUUGACAUUGUUAAAUACAAUUUUUUUCGCCAAACAAAAAAAAAUGAAGUUAAUCAAUAUGAAAAAAAAAUCGAAUCCACAUGCACCUGACAAAAUUUGCCACAAUUUAUUAUAUCGGCAUGCAAUUGCAGAGAAAAAUUAUAUCGAUUCUCAAGAAAAAUUCGCUACUUAAAAAACGCUAAAACUUUCAAUUGCCAACAGAGAAAUGAUUUAAAAAAAUGGCAUUUCAUUCAUGAAUUCAUUGAUGAACUUGAAAUUUUUUUGGCUUGAAAAAUUUUUGAAUUCAAAAUGAAUGACAACGAAUCAUACAAUCGAUUGUUAUCGGAUAGACAUUUUAUCAAUAAUAAUAAUAAUCCAUAUGAUGAUGAUUCAAUUCCUAUGAACAUCGAUAAUACGAAUGGUGUGAUUAUAAUACCCGAACAAUUGAAUCAACAAAUUUAUCAUCAACGACGACAAGAACAAGAAAAGCAGCAGCAGCAGCAGCAACAACAACAACAACAACAAUAUAUACGACGAUUUAAAAGUGAUCCACAAAUUCUUUAUGACCAUUAUUAUAACCAUCCCCAUCAUUAUUCGACUAUUCGUACAUCACCGAUUGUAUCGAAUGAUCUUUAUACAACAAAUAAUGGUUCGAUAAUUAGACCAUCCACUUGGAUGGCUCAAUCAACACAGCAAACACCAUCACCUUUAUUAUUGCAAAAACAAUCUAUGCUCCCAUCACAACCACCACCACCACCUUUCCCAUCACAACCACCACCACCUUUGCCAUCACUACCACCACCAUCAUAUAAAAAAACAUUCGAUAAUAAAAAGAAUGUGAAAAAAUCAAAAAAACUUGAAGCAAAAGAUUCUGCUGCCAAACCAAGGCGAAAUGUUCGAAAAUCUUAUAUACAAAGAGGCCUUUUUGCCAUUAUUGUUAUGGUAAUUAAUUGGUUCUUUUUUGAUACAAUUCUAAAUUUUAUUCUUGAAUCACAAUUUCAAUUGAAUCCAGGAACUUUACUAAUAUACAUUGGUUUUAUUGAUGUACCGAUACCGGUACGAGCAGAAAUCUAUUUUUUCGAAAUACGUAAUGGACCACAAUUUUUGGAAGGUACACCGGCCAAUCUUCAUGAAAUUGGUCCAUUUGUAUUCGAAAUUAGUCGAAAAAGACAAAUAUUAUCAUGGACUAAUACAACGGUAAUAUUUCGUGAAAAAUUUACAUCUAAAUUUGAUCAGGAAAGUUCCCCACAUUCUAUUGAAAGACGUAUGACAACGAUCAAUGCACCAAUUAUGGCAUCAUUAUCGUGGACUAGUUAUUGGGUGGAAAAAUUAAAGAUUAAAUUCAUUUAUCCAAUCUUACAGCAUAUUGUUCAUUUAGUAUUGAAAACAUUUGGUGAAAAUUUACUUGAAGAACUUCCUAUUGCUAAUGUUUUAUAUGGUCGUAAAAUUAAUAUUGUCAAUUAUUUAGACUCUAUUGCUGUUUCAUUACGUUUAUUUCACAUACCAUUUCCGGAUUAUACAAUUCUUUGGAAAUCAUUCGGUAAUUUUGAGAUUGAAAAUAAUUCUUUUGGUAUUAUGGAUCUAUUAAGCGGUCAUUGGUUUGGCCCAUUGGAACAUUAUCGUUUCAAUCGUCCUGGCUAUCAUAAAAUGAAUGAAGUUCGUAGUAUAGUAGGUGAAACACGUUAUGAAAAUUAUGCACCACCAUGUAAUAAGAUUAAAGGAUUAGAUAUAAUGCAUUUCGGUUUAUAUGAUCAAGGUGAAUCAUUUGAAAUUUAUUUUCAACAUUUUUGUCGUCGAAUUAAAUUUCAACGUAAAGGAUUCCAUCGGAAUAAAGGAUUACGUGUCGUACGUUAUGAAUUAUGGAGAUUUUUAUUCAAUAUGCGUGUAGCUGAAAAUCAAUGCUAUUGUUUUGGUGAUAGUAAAUUAAGUGAAUGUGAUGGUUUUACCAAUAUUGGCGGUUGUUUUGGUGGCUUAUCAUUGGCAUUUAGUUUUCCACAUUUUGUCGGUUCACCACAUCUUAAUCAUGAUGUUUAUGGAUUACGGCCACAAUGGUCAAAACAUGGUAGUUAUAUGGAUAUAGAACCAACAUUAGGCAUACCGGUAGAGGCAAAAUUAUCAAUACAAUAUAAUUUCAUUGUACGUAAUCUGCCAAAAAUUGGACCAUUAAGUAAAAUACAUGAAUGUAUUAUGCCAUAUGCAAUGGUUACGGUGAAAGCUAAACUAGAUGGUUUAUUAUUUAUAUUGUUUGCAAUAUCGAUAUUUUCAAUGAAUUAUGGUAAAAUGAUGAUCACUUUGGUUACAAUCAGCAUAUCUACACUAUAUUUUUAUUUGGCAUUUUAUCGUCGACAUCCAUCAACAUCUUCAUCAUCAUUAUCAAUGAAACUAACGAAAGAACCUGUAAAAAAUAAAAAAAUCAAUCAGCCAAUAAAUGAAUAUCGAAAUCAUACAUUACCAAAACAUCGUCAUCAACAGAUACAGCCAAUAUAUUCAACAAUGAUGACUAUACCAUUAUCAUCAUCAACAUCAUCGCCAAUAAAGACAAGAUCAGAGCUACCACCACCACAACAAUGAAUCGAUGGACACAUUGCCAACUAAUGCAUGCAAUAUUUAUUCCUAAUGUAAAAAAAUGCAAUGUAUAUAUGUAAUGUAUAUUGCUGUGUUCAGAAUUAUGUUCCUAAAUCAUAUUGGCUAUAUGAAACCACACUUAGACCACGCUA